AGACUAAACUUCUUAUAUUUAACAUAUUUAUAUAUGAUGCUUCUCUGUAACCUCACAUACAGAAAUUACAAGUCGGUUGGGCUCCGCUAAUUAUGAGGGGCCGGUCUGAACCAAAAAUGCCAGGGCCGAUUUAUUGUCCUAGUCCAGCCCUGGCCACGGACAGAGACAGUGCUGGGCUCUGAGGUAAGCGAAUUUUAAGGGUUAACUUUAUCUAGAACUCAGUGCUAUAUCUUUAUAACUAAGGCUGUAUCACUGAAAACAUUUUGUCGUUUGAGUUUUAAAGCUGUAAAAUUGACUUUGGGGGAAGGCAGGUAGGCGUUCUCUGCUUCAGUGCUGUUAGCCAAUCAGAGGCGAUAUAUUUGCAUGUAUGAACAUUUAUGAGCAAGAGCCGAAACCUACCUUUUUUGAGAGACCUAAAAUUUAGUGAAAUAUAUAAAUAUAUAUAUAUUUACCACCCCUAGUGGUGGUGGUGGUGGUAGUGUACUGAGGGGGCAGGGCAGGCUCUCUGUACUCCGCCUCUGGUUGGGUUGGGGCUGAGGAACUGUGAGGUGACUAUGGCACUUUCGGUUUCCUCUUUUAACUGUUGGACACGGGCGUUUCCUACCGGCUGACCUCGACCACAGAGCCGCGGGUUUACCGGCUGUGUAAAGUCCCUGCGCUCCUGGUUUCUCUGGUUUUAGCUCGGUUUCUCCGUCCCGAUGUCCGGAGCGCGGCUCUACGCGCUGCUGAUCUGCCUGGCCGCGCUGCUCAGCCUGAGCCACAGCCGCACACGGACCUACCAUAUAGGUAUCCGGGAGGAGGAGUGGGACUACGCUCCCGGAGGAAAAAACUUCAUCAGCGGUCUGGAUAUCAGUGAAGAUCAGUAUGCCUCUGUGUUUCUGGAACACAGUGAAACACGAAUUGGCAGCAAAUAUAAGAAAGCUGUGUAUCGGCAGUACACUAAUGAGCAAUUCACCACUGAGAUUCCUAAGCCAGAAUGGCUGGGCUUCCUCGGACCAGUGAUCCGUGCGGAAGUGGGUGAUGACAUUGAGGUGCAUAUGAAGAACUUUGCUUCUCGGCCUUAUUCAAUUCAUCCACAUGGCGUGUUCUAUGAAAAAGACUCUGAAGGCGCACUGUAUCCAGAUGGCACAUCUGGUCAGAACAAAGCUGAUGAUGCUGUGGCUCCAGGUCAGAGCUACACGUACAAAUGGAAGGUGAAAGAGGAGUUUGCCCCUAUGGAAUCUGACUCCACCUGCCUUACCUGGAUCUAUCACUCACAUGUGGAUGCGCCUAAAGACAUCGCAGCUGGACUCGUUGGUGUACUGCUCACCUGCAAGAAGGGCACUCUAGACAGCUCUGGACUAAAACGUUCUGAUGUAGAUCAAGAGUUCUUUCUGAUGUUUAGCGUGGUGGAUGAAAAUCUCAGUUGGUAUCUUGAUGACAACAUCAACAAAUCCUGCAAUGCCACUGAAAGAGCAUUUCUGGAAGAAGAUGAUUUCCAUGAAUCCAACCUCAUGCACUCAAUAAAUGGAUAUGUAUAUGGUAACCUGCCUACAUUGUCUGUAUGCAUCGGAAAACCUGUGUCUUGGCAUCUUUUUGGAAUUGGAAGUGAAGUUGACAUCCACUCUGUCCACUUCCACGGCCACACCCUACUCGAUCGUGGUCAUCGUAGUGAUGUCCUGAGCCUUUUUCCUGCUAGUUUUGUCACUGCAGAAAUGGUUCCCAAGACACCUGGGAAGUGGAUGCUUAGUUGCCAGGUCAAUGAUCACACAAGAGCAGGUAUGCAGGCCUUCUAUCAGGUUUCCCAUUGCCAGAAUCUGUCCUCAACCACAGUGUCCUCUGGCCACGAGAGGCAUUACCACAUCGCUGCGGAGGAGCAGAUGUGGGACUAUGCCCCUACUGGAAAAGACGCAUUCAAUAACGAUCAAGCACUGAAUACAACACACAGUGACUCCGAAGAAUUCUUCACAAAAGAAGGGGGAAAGCUGGGUGGAAAGUAUUUGAAGGCCAGAUACGUUCUGUACGCUGAUGACACGUUUACAACUAAAAUGCUGCCACAUGGUUCAGAACAACACCUCGGCAUUUUGGGUCCAGUCAUCAGGGCAGAAACUGGAGAUGUCAUAGUGGUAACAUUUAAGAACAAAGCUAAGCGUAAUUACAGUAUGCAGCCUCAUGGUCUACACUAUGAUAAAGCUUAUGAAGGAGCCAUGUAUCAGGAUGGUUCUCAGAAGAGAGGAGCCAGCGUGGCUCCAGGUCAGACGUUCACCUAUCGCUGGCGUGUGAUGGAGGGUCCGUCCCCUAGUGACCCGCCCUGCUUGUCAUAUCUGUAUUACUCUGCUACAGAUCUUGUCCGUGAUACCAGCUCUGGUCUGGUGGGACCUAUACAGGUGUGCAAGAAAGGAGUUCUGGAUGAAAGUGGUCGACAGCAUCUAGGAUCUGAGGUGCAAAAGGAGUUUUUCCUGCUCUUCACAGUGUUUGAUGAGAAUGAAAGUUGGUAUUUACAUGAUAACAUUGCACGAUUUGGGAGCAAUAAGACAGACCCAGAAGACGAAGGAUUUAUGGAGAGUAAUAAAAUGCACUCGGUGAAUGGUUUAAUGUAUGGGAAUCUUCAUGGACUGGAUCUGUGCGAGGGGGACCAUGUCGUGUGGCAUACGCUAGGCUUGGGCACUGAGGUGGAUCUCCAUGGGGUCCAUUUCCAGGGCAAUACAUUUCAGCGUGAUGGCACCACUCGUGACACACUAAGUCUGCUCCCUCACACCAGUGUCACUGUUUCGAUGAUUCCCAACAAUGAUGGUGUUUUUGAGCUAAGCUGCCUUACCACUGAUCACCACCGUGGGGGAAUGCGGCAAAAGUACACAGUCAAGCAAUGCUCACCGAGUCCAGUGUCAAAGGCUGUAAACACUAAGCCUGACAGGACUUACUAUCUGGCUGCAGAAGAAGUAGAAUGGAACUAUGCCCCAAACAGGACAUGGGAGUUGGAGAAACAUAAUACCACUGAGGAGGACAGCCUUGGUAAAGUUUUCCUUGGAAAAUCAGAUCAUCAAAUUGGCCCUGUGUACAAGAAGGUGGUAUUUCGCCAGUACACGGACAAGACCUUCACAACUAAGAAGAGAAGGAGUCCUGAGGAAAAGCAUCUAGGGAUUCUGGGUCCCAUCCUCAGAGCGGAGGUUGGCGAGGUGGUUCAGGUUGUAUUUAAGAACAAAGCCAAACAAAGGUGGUAUUCAGUUCAUGCUCAUGGAGUGAAGACCAGUGAGGCUCAUCUGAAACCUGUUUCCCCAGGUGAGGAAAUAAGUUAUAAUUGGACUAUCAGUGCAGGUCCUGGCCCAGCUGAAUCCAACUGUACAACCUUCGCCUACUACUCAUCAGCUAAUUUCGUCAAGGAUUUGGCGAGUGGUCUGGUUGGGCCAUUGGUGGUGUGCCGUAAAGGGACUCUUAAGGAAGAAAACCGACGAAAUGACGUGGAUAAAGAAUUCGCUUUGCUCUUCAUGGUGUUUGAUGAGAAUGAAUCCUGGUACCUGAAGGAGAAUGUCGAUACUUAUAUCAAAAAUGCCCCUGAAAACCUCACUGAUGAUGAAAACUUUAUAGAAAGCAACAUGAUGCACGGCAUUAAUGGAAAGCUCUAUGCUAACCUGCAUGGUCUGGAUAUGGAUAAAGGUGAUCGUACUGAGUGGUAUCUAAUAGGACUGGGGAAUGAGAUGGAUAUGCACACAGUUCAUUUCCAUGCUCAGAGCUUCGUAUACAGGACAGACCAUUCCCACAGAGCCGACGUGUACGACCUGCUGCCUGGAACCUUUCAGACUGUGGAACUGGUGGCAGGAACCCCUGGGACAUGGCUGCUCCACUGUCAUGUGACAGAACAUAUACACGCAGGCAUGGAGACCACCUUCACCAUCCACGAAAAAUCCUCCGGAAAUGGUCUGCAGUUUUGCUGGAAAACACUGCUGUUCAUCAUAGUGGCGAUUUGGCUCCAGUGAGUCAACAGAAUCCAAAGAUGGCUGAAGCUGGAGACCAGUCAGACUCUACCCUUUAUGUAGCUCUACGAUAGAUAUAAGUAGUGAAAAUAAGAAAUGGAAACACUACUUCUUAAAUCAGAAUGCUCUGCAUGAAACCCUAUAUAGUAACACAGCACAGGAACAGUCCAUCAGUGCAUUAAGACACUGAUCAGAGGGCUUAUCGCAUCUAACUUAUCUUAUACACUAGUCCACGCUAUACUCAUCAGGCUUAAUGCACCUUCUUCUUUUUCUUCUUCUUUAUCCUCAUCUGAGUUUUAGGAGCUACAAGCGUAAUGUGAAUAAUCAAUAGUAAAUUCAGUGAUUAAGAUUUAAGACUUUGGGCCCUAUCUUACACCCUGCACAAGACGUGUCACAAUGCUCAUUGUUAUCUUACACACCACAACAGUCUUUUUUCAUGCCUUCCUUCUGCAUUGUUUAAAUAGCAACAGAGUUUAUGAAUGUAAUUACGCUGAUGGGCGUAGUGGUGUGGAAAUAAGGUGUGUUCAGGUACAUUUUUGGCGUAUUGUUAUCUUUGCAUAACACAGGUGCGCAACUGACUGAUUUGAACCCUGACAACAGUCAGCGUUCAUUGCUAUCUUGGAAGGCAGGUACGCAUGCACGCGCCCCCGCUCUUUACAUACACAAGGAGGUGCUGCAGUGCAUAAAGGAACUAAUACAUAAACAGGAGAAUACUAAAUAUAAUAACAUUGCUGUUCUUGUGAAGCACUAAAAUAACAGUCUGCCCAAGGCAGAGCACACCUGGCUCUUAAAGGGAAUAGCAAGUGACACACUGAUUGGUUUAUUUCACGUUACGCUCAAAACACAUCCAUGACAUACCCAUGGUUAAUUUACAGAAUUAGUACAUGCUUUUUUAAGCAGCGCAAGGUGUACUUUUCCUGUCGUUAUGAUAGCAAAGACACACUGACACGCCCUAAAUUAAGCUGCAUAGUGCAAAAUAGGACAUUUUAUAUCUUUCAAGUAUUAAAUAGAUAUCUGUGAAUACAAAGCACUGGCAAAAAUCUAGAUGCUGUUUGUGUAAUGUAGUGUUGCUGAAAUGAUUUUAUAUAUUUCUCAAAUGGAUCAAAUGUCUGAAAUAUGUAUUCGGUUAGAUUUAAUUAUAUUCAGCUUUAUUGCCAUUGUUCAAAGUACAAAUGUAGAGCCAGUGGAAUGCAAUGAUCAGCAAAAUGUGCAAAAUGCAGUAUUAUUUACAUGCUGUACGUAGGCAUAUUUCUGCUUUUAUUCAGGUAGUUUUUUGAGCAUAUUUGCUCUGCUGUGUUUUUACUUCUUUUUGCAUAUUAUUAUUCAAAAUGUUACAUUUUUGUUCUGCAGUAACUCAUCUUUCCAGUGUUUUUCAAAAAUACAUAAUCUGACCCAGAUUACACUGUUGCACACUUCAUUAUUUGAAAUUUCAUACAUAUCUAUUUACACAGAUAUUUGCAUAGCACCAUUUUAAUAUGUCCACACCCUACAUGCAUAUGGCCUCAGAACACACAUACACAAGAACAACUAGUUUGAAGAACAACUAAAUAUUCAUUAGUAAUGCUACUGUUGUUGUGAUUUUAGUGCUCAGGCUUUAAACUAUUUAUUUUUAAACUGAUGUGUAUAUUGAAACUGAAUGUUUUGUGAAUGAUUGCACUUUCUGUCUGUAUUGUGAUGCCUACUGAUUUAAUCCUGAGACAUUUCAAUAAAAAG